CUCAAAAGUUUGCGGCUUCACGUGUCGUCUCACCGUGAACCUCAUAAACUGACAUCCCAAGAUUUUUUCACAACUAGUAAAAAAUAAAAAUAAAAAAAAGCAUAAACUUAUAUACCCUUGAUCAAUUACCCAAUAUAUCCUCUCGUGUUUUUGAAACGGUGAACCAAUUACGGCAAAACUCCAAGGGCGAAAACUGUAACAUCCCAUCCAUAUUAAAACGGACGCCUCUCAAUCAGUCCCAUUUCAGUCCAAACUCUAAAACUCCAAAAAUCACAGAGAAAGGUUUUUGAGUGGUGAAGACUCAUCUCUGUUUCUUCUUCGUCCAUGGCAGCCAUUGGAUCAUCCCCGCCUUCAUUCAAGCUCUCCGAUCAAUUUACCCGCAAUGCUGCCUUAAUUGACCCCGCCGGAGCUCCGGCCAAGGUCCUUCGGUUCUCUUCGGCUUCUUCCAAUGUUUUCGGCGAUAAAUUCGUAAAUGCUUCCAAUUCCGGCGUUCCCCGCGCUGUGCUCCGUCGUCGUUCCGGCGGUGGCGGAAUAGUGAAGCCGCUGAUUGUGUCUCCUAAGGCUGUUUCUGAUUCCCAGAAUUCGCAGACUUGCCUCGACCCGGACGCAAGUCGCAGUGUGUUGGGAAUUAUACUUGGAGGUGGUGCAGGGACUAGACUUUACCCUCUUACAAAGAAAAGGGCAAAGCCAGCUGUUCCUUUGGGAGCAAAUUACCGUCUAAUCGAUAUCCCUGUCAGUAACUGCCUGAACAGUAACAUCUCUAAGAUUUACGUUCUCACACAAUUCAAUUCUGCAUCACUCAAUAGGCAUCUUUCACGUGCUUAUGCGAGUAAUAUGGGAGGAUACAAGAACGAAGGAUUUGUUGAAGUUCUUGCAGCUCAACAGAGUCCAGAAAAUCCCAAUUGGUUCCAGGGUACAGCUGAUGCUGUACGGCAGUACUUAUGGCUUUUUGAGGAGCAUAAUGUGCUUGAAUUCUUGAUUCUUGCUGGAGAUCAUCUAUAUAGAAUGGAUUACGAGAGAUUCAUUCAAGCUCACAGGGAAACUGAUGCUGAUAUUACCGUUGCUGCCUUGCCAAUGGAUGAAAAACGUGCUACGGCAUUUGGUCUAAUGAAAAUUGAUGAAGAAGGACGCAUCAUAGAAUUUGCUGAAAAGCCUAAAGGCGAGCAAUUGAAAGCUAUGAGAGUGGAUACUACAAUUCUAGGUCUUGAUGAUGAGAGGGCCAAAGAGAUGCCUUACAUCGCAAGCAUGGGUAUUUAUGUUGUAAGUAAAGAUGUGAUGAUAAAUCUACUCCGUGACCAGUUUCCUGGAGCCAAUGAUUUUGGAAGUGAAGUUAUUCCUGGUGCAACUUCGAUGGGGCUGAGGGUUCAAGCUUAUCUAUAUGAUGGCUACUGGGAAGAUAUUGGUACUAUUGAAGCUUUUUAUAAUGCUAAUUUGGGGAUAACAAAGAAACCAGUUCCAGAUUUCAGCUUCUAUGAUCGGUCAGCUCCAAUAUACACGCAACCUCGAUAUCUGCCUCCUUCGAAGAUGCUUGAUGCAGACGUGACAGAUAGUGUCAUCGGCGAAGGCUGUGUAAUCAAGAACUGUAAGAUUUACCAUUCUGUGGUUGGGCUAAGAUCGUGCAUUUCAGAAGGUGCAAUUAUCGAAGAUACACUGUUGAUGGGAGCAGAUUACUAUGAGACUGAUGCAGACAGGAGGCUUCUACUAGCGAAAGGUAGUGUCCCAAUUGGUAUCGGGAAGAACUCUCACAUCAAAAGAGCAAUCAUUGAUAAGAAUGCUCGAAUUGGAGAUGAUGUAAAGAUCAUAAAUAGUGACAACGUUCAAGAAGCAGCUAGAGAAACAGAUGGUUACUUCAUCAAGAGUGGGAUCGUCACUGUUAUCAAGGAUGCCCUGAUACCCAGCGGAACUGUUAUCUAGAGACCUUGAAAAUAACUGGGAAGAUGAGAAUCCUGUCUUUUCCCCCUUUUUCCUCCCUCCUUGUCAACCUGUCUGCUGAUGCUAUAGAGAGCAGGACUCAAUGUACCGUAUACCGUCAACUGUGUUCAACAGGCAGUAAUUGACAAGAUCAUGUAGAAAAAAGUUUAUGAGAAUGUUCAAUAAAGCUAAUCCUUUGUAAU